GGUGUUGAAAAUGUCGGGCGACAUACGAUUCGAGUCGUCUUUGGAUGUUCGGCUCAAUUUCAGCGGGAUUUUUAUGCAACAGAGCGAAAACGAGGAGUUUUUGAGCGAUAACUAUCGGGAGUACCACAAGUUCCUCACCAAUGUCUGGUUGGGGAUCUUCAUGGCGUUGAUUCCUUUGAGCUGUAUAUGUUUCUUGUGCUCUUCCAGUGUCAUGUGCUACAGAUUUAAACAGUGGAGGCGCCGAUCUACUAGCGAUAACUGGAAACCGGUCCGCAGGUUAUUUGGUGGUCGAAAAAUGCUGACACUAGACGAGGAUUUCGAGCUGAAGCUGCCCCCGAAACUCAGCGAGGAACUCAACAGCGUGGAAUUCAAUCUGACCAAGAUAUUCAUCGAGCCCUCGGAAUUCGACGGGCCCAAAUUGAACGUUUCCGAUCAGGAAUACGAGCAAUUCCUGGCCGACGUUUGGGUCGGGAUAGUACUGACUUUGAUGGUACUUAGCUGUGUUUGUUUUAUGUGCUCGUGUUUGAUUUACCACAAAUUUCAGCAAUGGAAAACUAGGGUUAUCCAAGCCAGGAACGGCGGCAAUUUGGAAUCGGGCGUAGCGGAAUCGGAACUGCCCAGCUACACGAUAGCCUCCGGCCUGCCCACCUACGAGGAGGCCUUGCAGCAGCUGCAGGUGAAGGACCCGCCGUUUCCCGCCAAGCCGCUGGAGACGUCCGAGUGGAUACCCCACACGCCGCCCACGCCCGCCGCCGUCUCCAUCAACGUCGUCAAGUUCUUCCAAGGCUGCGGGGCCAGCGACAGCUCCGACCUGGCCAAAGACACUUGAUCCUGGCCGAUCGCUUAGACAGCGAAAUUGAUAAUUGAAGAGGCCGAUUCGAUAUGUUUUUGUGAAGAAAACGGUGUGUGCGAUGAAUUGUAACGAGUAAAUGUGUCCGGAACGAUUUGUCGUUGGAGGCCAAAAACGGUUGGAAUCGUUUGGUGAUUUUUUUUUGUAUCUGUUUUUUUUUUAAUCUUCGACGCAAGGUCGGAGCCACACGAGCAGAAACUUGGGUGGGACUGUCGCUUCGAGUAAAAAUUACUGGAAUCUUGGAGAUCGGAACGACGCGGAAUUGCUCAAUUUUGAACGCCGAUCGCCGAAUUUGUACGCUUGUAAACGAUUCAUGAGUGUGGAUGCUAUUUUUGUGUUUCGUCUAGUCCUUUAUUUCUUCUUCUUAACAGCGAUUUCCUUCAUCGGUUCAUCUACUCGUUUUUCUGCAAUAUAUUUACAUAUUCGAUAAUUUUUUUCUGAAAUCAUCAAUAAAAUUAUUUACUGCCUAUGUAGAAGUGACUGUGAUGUAAAACUAUUAUUGCGCAGGUAAUUUUACACAUGAUAUCAGAAUAAAAUUUACCACUCGGCACAACUCCUGUAGAAGAUAUAUUCGUGAUAAAAUUUUAAAUGUAAUGCUAAGUUGUAUAACGACUGAUGAAUAAAAGACGUGAAUUCUUUUAAGAAAUUAAAAUACAAUGCAGAAAAGUGUCUAAAAUCGACGAAAAUAGUGUUUAUCUACGACUAACAAUACAUUUACUAAUACCAUUAAGCGUAAUUAAAAAUCCAUUAAAUUAGUAUUUUUAUACGAAGACCGUUGUAAACUUUAUUUUAACGUCCUAAAUUUUAAUUGUACACAAUUAUUUUUUACGCAUUUACGUUAAUUGUAAUUACAAUUAUUUAAAAUGGCUGUGAUUAGAGUUAAACUUGUAACGUCAAAGAGCUGAGUACCUUAGCUAUAAAGUGAUAAUAUGCAUUCGUCAAUAAUACUUGUAAAAUCUAAAUAAGUUUUUUUUGUAAAUAUUUGUUAUUUAUGUUAUCAUUAUAAAUAUUUCCA